CGUCUUGGGUUUAUUGAGCCUGCGCUAACAGAAAAAGAGGAGGUUCCCGAACAGAGCCCUUUAUUUAUUUCUUUGUGUUCAGUAGGGGGGGAAUAAUAGCAGAUACAUAUACCUCAGAUAUUUAAUUUAUUAUCUUUGUUCGUAUACACAAGAAAACUGGAUAAGAUUACAGUUGUUACUCGAAGGCCACAGGCAAGGGGAGGAGGAUGAAGCGGCGCAAUGCGGACUGCAGCAAACUCCGACGGCCGUUAAAACGGAACCGAAUCACCGAGGGUAUAUACGGCAGUACCUUCCUGUACCUGAAAUUCCUGGUGGUGUGGGCUCUGGUGCUGCUGGCAGACUUUGUGCUUGAAUUCAGGUUCGAAUACCUCUGGCCGUUCUGGCUCUUCAUUCGGAGUGUGUACGACUCAUUUAGAUAUCAAGGACUGGCUUUCUCAGUAUUCUUCGUCUGUGUGGCAUUUACCUCGGACAUCAUUUGCCUCCUCUUCAUCCCGGUGCAAUGGUUGUUCUUUGCUGCCAGUACCUAUGUGUGGGUGCAGUAUGUGUGGCACACAGAGAGAGGGGUCUGCCUCCCCACGGUGUCUCUAUGGAUACUCUUUGUGUACAUAGAGGCGGCAAUCCGAUUCAAAGACCUGAAGAACUUUCAUGUGGAUUUGUGUCGACCUUUCGCUGCGCAUUGCAUCGGCUAUCCCGUGGUUACGUUGGGCUUUGGAUUUAAAAGCUACGUUAGUUAUAAAAUGCGAUUGCGGAAGCAGAAGGAGGUGCAGAAGGAAAAUGAAUUUUAUAUGCAGCUGCUACAGCAGGCUCUGCCUCCAGAACAACAGAUGCUUCAGAGGCAAGAGCGAGAAGCUGAGGAAGCAGCUAAAGGAGCUUCUGAGGCGGAGACGCUUCCAGCGACCCAGAAUGGCGCCCCGCCUAAUAAAAAGACGUCGGUGCCGCUGCCAGAGCUCGAGUAUAGAGAAAAAGGGAAAGACGGGCGAGGCGGAGGGGAGGCUAAAAAGCAACACAACAGCAACAACAUCCUUCAGCCAUCGCUGGACUCUAAAAUCCACGAGAUGGAGUAUAUGGAAAACCAUAUGAACAAGAGACUGACCACAGAACUGGACAGCACAGAGAGCCUGUUGCUAAAAGAGGAUAACAAUUCCUCCUGCUCUUCUUCGUCAUCCUCCUCCUCUAAAAAUUACAAAAACGCCAGCAGCAACGCUGCAGCACUUAAUUCUUCGCCUCGCGGCCACAGCACCACCAACGGCAGCGUGCCCUUCUCCGCGUCUUCAUCUUCUACUAACACAGCGAAAAACGACAAGAAGCACAAGUUACCGGUUGGCAAAGGGACAUCUGGAGGUUCCCACAAGGAUCCCACCGACAACUGGAUCCCCAACAACCAGCUGAGCAAGCCUGAAGCACUUGUCAGACUGGAGCAGGACAUUAAAAAGUUGAAGGCGGAUCUGCAGGCCAGCCGGCAGGUUGAGCAGGAUCUGCGCAGCCAGAUUGGUUCGCUGGGCAGCGCUGAGCGCUCCAUACGCACUGAGUUGGGCCAGCUGCGCCAGGAAAAUGAGCUUCUGCAGAACAAGCUCCACAAUGCUGUGCAGGCGAAGCAGAAAGACAAACAGACUGUGGGACAGCUGGAGAAAAAGCUGAAAGCCGAGCAGGAAGCUCGAGCCACUGCAGAAAAGCAGCUUGCUGAGGAAAAGAAGAGGAAGAAGUUGGAGGAGGCCACGGCAGCCAGAGCUGUAGCACUAGCAGCAGCAUCCAGAGGGGAGUGCACAGACACACUGCGGCGGCGGAUCACCGAGUUAGAAACAGAGUGUAAAAAAUUAACAAUGGACAUAAAGCUGAAGGAGGACCAGAUACGAGAGCUUGAAAUAAAAGUGCAGGAGCUUCAUAAGUAUAAGGAAAAUGAAAAGGACACAGAAGUGCUGAUGUCGGCACUGUCAGCCAUGCAGGACAAGACUCAACACCUGGAGAACAGCCUCAGCGCAGAGACCAGGAUCAAACUGGACCUCUUCUCUGCUCUUGGAGAUGCCAAGAGACAGCUGGAGAUCGCUCAAGGUCAGAUCCUCCAAAAGGACCAGGAGAUCAAGGACCUGAAGCAGAAGAUAGCAGAAGUGAUGGCAGUCAUGCCCAGCAUCUCCUACACAACAGACACCAGCAGCAUGACCCCUGUGGCCCCCCAUUACUCCUCAAAGUUUAUGGACACCAGCCCCUCUGGCCUGGACCCCAACGCUUCUGUUUACCAGCCACUCAAAAAGUGAAGGCUUUUUCUUCUCAUCUCUUCCUCCAUCUCUUCUCUCAGCGUUUUUACUUUUCCUGCAGGUCCCACCAUCUUGCAGCUGAGAACUUCUUCUUCUUCUUCUUCUUUUCUGUUCUCAUUUUGCCAGGUCAGAAGAAUGUUGUGUUGUGUGACUGUAUUUGUUGUAGUUAAAAACAAAAAAAAAAAACACAAAAAACAAACAAAAAAAAUGGCGGACAUCCCACAUCAGCUGUUUAGGAAAAAACCUCACAGAUUCGGGGGUGUAUCUUCGUUCUCUCUUCCCUUCCAACAUUGCAGCAGGUCUGUUUGGUCCUGGAAAGAAGCUGCUGUGACCACCACAGAUGGCAGAGCAGUUCCUGAACAGGCACCCAGACUAUUUAUCAGAAAUUGUUUUUCCUCCUAAUUUAAUUUAAAACGCAGAGGAAUGUAGUGCAAAGUUGGCACAGACUUGCUUGUUUUAUUUAUUUAUCAUCUACAGAUUUGCGUUGCUCUCUGCUGUUUUGGCGAGUGGUGGCUCCUCAUGGUUUUUGGGACGUUUAAUAGCUAAAAAAAUUGGGACAAAAAUUUUCUCCAAGAGUAGAACGUUGGAGCAAAUGACUGAUUUUGUUGUGAUCAGAGCUGACAGAUGCAGCGUCUCUGUGCUCCUCAUUCUUGUGUUCAUCACAGUGCCUUGAGUUGAAGACGCAUAAAUUACAUUUCAAUUCUUCAAAAUUUGUUUCCAAAGUUCUCCCCUGAUGGGACGAUGAAACUCAAAAGUUUGCUUUGAAUCUUCAUAUAAACAGCUAUUGACACAGCAAAGCCACCACAGUCAGCAGCUCAUUUCAUGUCCUAACAGGAGCUCCGGCGUUGAGCUGUAAAACGGACCAGAUUUAAUGCUCCAGAUGACACCCUCGUAUUAAUCCUCCACUCGAGUUCGUGUGCCAAGACAGGAAUGCCCGUUUCUCUAGCGAUGUAUUCAAGAAUGUACAUGCAGAAACAUUGACUGACAUGUUAGUCGAAUAUCCAGCUGAAUUCUUGCUUCAUGGAAGUCCUCGUAAAGCGGUCAAAGAAAGUGGUCAGCUGUUCGUUCGUAGGCUGUGUAGUAAAAAAGAAGUACGGGAGUUAGGAAGUCACAUUUCUUUUCGUGAAUGUUACAGUAUUUGCAACGUUGGGUAAGUCGGUGUUUUAAAGCAGUUUUUGCGUACUCCUGUUUCUGGUAUUAAUCGUUUAGUUCUUGCAGGGAGAAAGAAUCUGCUCGAGUCAGAUUUGGUUUCACCGUCACCUCCAAUGGUCAUUGUUGUGCGUGUGGUUUUUUCACCUUCUUUAAAUGGAGAAGCUUUCUUUGCUCAGAUCGCCGUUGUUGGCCUCCUGAAAAUGUUGUGACAAUUACAAUUUAGCCAGUUGUUCAGUCAACCGAUUGUUGGAAGUAUUGAGAAGUGUUUUGUUUGUUUUUUUGUUUUCAAUGCCCACAGUCACUGUUCCCCCAGGUCUGACCUUGGCUGCGCUCUCGCUCUGUGAGGUUUACAAGGAAUAAAAAGUUUUUCUCUUGCAAAAAAAA